AUGUCGCAAGAGGCAUUCUCAAACCGUUGCAGCCGCAUGCAGCAGCUUUUCAUCCUACUCAGGCUCUUGUUUCUGCAGCAAUCGGCACUUGCAUCAUCGGAUUGUACAAUACGUUCUUGUGACUUUGACGCUGAGCAAACUUGUGUUUUACAUUCACCAGAAAAGAAGACAGAACACAUUUCAUCUGAAACUGAAGUUCAUAUUGCUUUGACACCUCUCCAACCUGUUGUAAUUUUUGGUUUUCACAAGAGAAUGAGUGUAACAGUUGUUGGGACUGUUGAAGGUGGAAGAGCACCUACAAAAAUAAAGACAGACUUGAAGAAACCUGUUGUGAAUCUUGCCUGUCAUCCUCGGCUUCCUGUUCUGGUACAUUUGUCAUUUUCCAGUGAUAGUGCAUAGCGUAUGCAGAAGGUGUGAUUCGGGCAUACAACAUUCAUACAUAUGCCGU